CAUGCCUUGAUUUGAUUGACCAAAUGUCAUGUGCUAAUAUUUUCCCCCAGACUCCCGCCCAAAGCCAUCCGGAAGUAGUUUCAAGUGAAAAAAAUGGAAGAAGUGGUGGCCAGCCCCAGAGAAUGGAUCGAUCGGAACGAGAGCGCCAAAACGAUGCUCGCUAGGGUUUUAACAGCGCGACCCUUGCUGCUUCUUCCCCCACUUCAUAGGGUUCCCCUACGCGUCGGUAAUGUGGUUGAGCUUGUCGGCACUUCUCCUUCUGCCAAAACCCACAUCCUGAUUCAGGCUGCAGUGAGUUGUGUUCUUCCUAAAGAGUGGAAUGGGGUGCACUAUGGAGGCCUCGACCGCUUGGUAAUGUUCAUUGACUUGGACUGUCGGUUUGAUAUUUUGCGCCUUUCUAAAAUGCUGAAGCAUCGAAUAAAUGGGGAAUCUAAUGGAUCAUUAAAAAAAAUAGAUCAGGAGCACAUGGAUUUUGACUUAUGGAACAAUGAUACCAAAAAGAGUCCUACUUAUGAUGAGGAAUUAUAUUCUUUGUGCAUGAGACGGUUCCUGUUCAUUCGCUGUUAUGAUAGUUUUCAGUUUCUUGCCACGCUCAAGACAUUGAACUAUCGGAUUCGGAAGGAACAAGAACUGCAUGGCAUUAGUGUUCAUAUACUCAUGAUCGACAGUAUUGGAGCUUUCCAUUGGAUAGAUCGUGCCUCAACAUUCAUGCCAUUAGGGGCUACUAACAGGAAAACCCCCUCUCUUCAGACUGUGUCAGAAACUGUAGUUCAGGAGAUUAGAAAGCUUCUGCUGUUGCAUCCCAUGCUUGUCAUAGCUACAAAAGCUACCAUUUUUGGAGAUAGAUAUUCCAUGGAGACCAAACGGAAUUUGGGGAAAUUGGAUACCUCAAAUUCAAGAAGCAUGAGCAGUACAUCUCUGCAACUUCCUUACCGUGAGUACAUGCCUUCUGUCUGGCAGACCUUUGUUACACACAGGGUACUUGUAGGAGCAUCAGAUGAUCCUUUCAUUCGAACCAAUGACGGUGAUUGCUCGCUCUAUUUUUCAGAAUGGCUGCUCCCACCACAGAGUUUUGUGGAUAAAUUUAUAGUCAAAGAGGCUGGUGUCUUCAUGGUCCCAUGAACUGCGUGAAGAUUUGUUUGUGCAAUCUUGAUUCUUUCUUGAUCUCUAACAUGAUGCCGAUCAAAAGUACAUGUCAAAUAGUAAGAGAAAAACAAUUACAAGAAACUAUGUAAAAUUAAAGAGAAAUAGUAAGAGAAUUGAAAGAUUGUAAUAUAUGAAUCUAGGUCUUCAGGAACUUGAUAUCAUUUAUCUCAAAUUACUUAUGUAUUACAUAUGAUCCUCGAGAUUCACUUUUACAUUGAAGGAUAAGAACUAUAAAAUGG